UUGCUUAAACACGACCCCAUUCGAGGCUGCAGACGCGUAACUUCCAGUGCGGCCUUGCCACACGCUAUCACUCAACAAGCCUUGCGCUUCUGUAGGGACGCGGAUUGCGAUCCAAUCACAGCCCCGACUGCUUAGCCUGCCUUACGUCACACGCGUGGCUACGCCAUCCUGCCUGGCGAGCGCCCCAUAGAAAGAUGUCCGUUCUUGCAUUCAAGGCGCUUGGUUACGGCGCGGAACAGAUACCAGACAAAUUUUUCGAAAAGAUCCCAGGCGGCUUCUUCAAACCAGAAGAAGAGAAGAAGAAAAACAGCAAGAGCCAAUCACCGCCAAAAGAGAAAAGUAGGCGGAGCAGUGAACGCUCGCGACGAGAUCGUAGCCCUCAGAACGACUACUCAGAUCACAGUGACCGUGACUCUGACUACGAAGAAGAUCAAAAGAGAGAGCGAAGACGCCGGAAGAGCACGGGUAGAAGCGCCAGCAGAAGCUUGAGCCGUGGGAGGAACUAUCAGCGUAGUAGAGGCCCAACCGGAGAAUACAGCGACAGGGACAUGGCGUAUGCAGACCGAGAGCAGGGUCAGGGACCGUACUUCCCACCACCGCCGACGUCCGAAUAUGCGCCGUACAGCUCCCAGGAAUAUGCCUCCAGGCCAGGCCAGGGCGAAUACCGACCAACAUCGGCCCAGCCCCAGACUGGCUACCCACCGCAGGUAAAUAAUUUCUUUCGUUCUUUGAGUGCGACCGUUCCGAUGAUGGCUUCUUAUCCAACGCCGGUGAACUCUUGUCCACCGAGGUUGCUGAACAGGCCGCCUUCGAGCUCGCAAUCCCCUUUUGCUGGUCUGCAGCCUCACCUGUUUGACCACCUUCGUUAUGGCACUCCCGUUUCAGCUUCUUUCUCACCAUCCUAUGAGCCGCCUCUUGCGGCAAUAUUGCGCCGCCCACCUACUAACACUCCUCAGCCGACAUACAACCAACCAUACCCAACACAGCCACCUGUGAAUAGACGGGAUGGUACUUCGCCACCUGCAGUAGCAUACGGUAGUGAGGCAGCACAUCGCUAUGAAGAGAUUCAGAACGCGAAAGCUCGAUCAGCAUCUGCAGCGCGCUAUACACCUGGUCCCGGAUAUGCGCCUUCGCCUGCUGCUUCGAUUCCGCCUCCGCCUGUCGGAGUCAAUUCCCCACCAGCAGGUGUAAAUGCGCCAUACGCUCCUUAUAACCCUGCUACAUACGCUGCUCCCGAUUCCGCUUAUCCUCCAGGGAACGACUUUGCCUCGCCGCCACCGUUCUACCGUCAUCAGUCGCGCUCCCAGCCUUCUUUCGAUCAAGACCAGCACUAUCCGCCCUACAACCCCCGGGGCUCUGACCAGCAAGUCGCCCAUUACGACGACCGCCACUCUCCUAGUCACCGCAGCAGCACCAAGCACGACCGCCGAGAACAUCGGCAUAGGGCUAGGUUUGACGACAUGGAUCUGCGGACUAAGAAUCUAGGGGCUACUGUGGCUGGUGCCGCAGCAGGUGCGCUCGGUGGACAAGCGAUCGCUACUAGGAAUGUCGAAAGGGCUAAAGAUGAGCACGGACGACUUCCAUCACGAUCACGCUCACGUUCGCGACAUCGAAAGCACAGUGAUCGGGACCGCAGCAAGGACCGUAAAGGUGGCGGUAUUCGGGCUAGAAGCCGAAGUAUUAUUGACCGCUUCCGCUCAAAGUCUCGAGGACGAGACGACCGCGACGAACGGGAUGAUCGCGAUCGACAUCACGACAGUGACGGUCGCUACGACAGCGAUGACCGCCGCAGACGUCGUGAGAGGAGCCGGGACAGCCGACGUCCCGAUCGUGGCUAUAAGGUCCAUGAGGAGUACGACUAUUAUACUGAGUCUGAUUCCGAGGGAGAUGGAUCGGCUGUGGUUCAGCGCAAGAAGAAGACCGUCAAACGAAGGGACUACUGAGGAAUCACUAUCGGAUGAACACGAACGAAGAAAUGACUGUAUGACUAGCCUUUGAAUCACUGUGGUGCUUUUCUUACUGUCUUGGAACGAUGUUGGACAGCAACGAUAGAAGAUUAUGAAUAACGACUCAAUGAAGAAUGCCAAGCGUCAAUUGUGGUAGACUCGGACACUCUCUUUAAUAUAUACUGAAAGAUCUUCCGAAGGUGAACAGCGGCGAUUUCUGCCAGUACUACGCGGGCCGUCGGAGUUACUUCCAUCAGUAUACUACACUGGUCACCCUAUAAUCGGCUCGCCUUCCCUG